AUGGAAGGCAGUAUAGUGUUCUACCCGAUAAUGGCGAUGGGCCACCUCGUAUCAAUGGUGGAGCUCGCCAAGCUCAUUGUCCGCCACUACCACCACCGCUACUCAGUCACAAUUAUCAUUGCAGAGGGACCUCUCCUCACCCCCGAUGUCACCGCCUUCCUUCGCCACAUCUCGGAAACCACCAAUUCCAUUACCUUUCACCACCUCCCUACUCUUUCUAUGAAACCUUCUCCUAAUUGUGCAUCAAUCCAUACAGAAUUCAUUCACCCCAACAACCCAAAUCUCAGCCAUGCUCUCCAAACUAGCUCGAAGUCCUCAAAAGUUCAAGCCUUUGUCAUAGAUGUCUUUCCUACAGCAGCCCUCAGCGUUGCAUCCGAUCUCGGCAUCCCUACUUACUUCUUUCUCACUAGCGGUGCUGUCACACUCUCCUUGCUUCUCUAUCUCCCAAUCAUUCACAAUCAAACCACCAAGAGCUUCAAAGACAUACCCACCACCCAUUUCCACUUCCCAGGUUUGCCACCAAUGCCUGCCUCAUAUAUGCCCGGACCAGUGCAGGAUCGAGAGGAUCAGGUCUACAACGACAUCUUAGAGAUUGGUUUAAACCUACGCAGAUCAAAGGGAAUUAUAGUGAACACCUUUGAGUGUCUUGAGUCAACAUUGAUCAAAGCCAUUACUGAUGGGCUCUGCGUACCAAAUGCUUCAACCCCACCUGUUUACUGCAUUGGACCAUUGAUAGCCACCCCUAAGAAUGAGGGUGAAGCUGUAAAUCAGUGCAUGUCAUGGCUUGAUACGCAACCGAGUCAAAGCGUUGUGUUCUUGAGUUUUGGGAGCCGAGGUGUGUUUUCGGCAGAGCAGGUUAGGGAGAUCGCUAUAGGGUUGGAGAAGAGCGGGCAGAGGUUCUUGUGGGUUGUCCGUAAGCCUGUCUCUGAGGACAAUAGCAAACAGUCCUCUGUGGAAAUUAAAGACCCAGAUUUAGAUGCCAUGUUGCCGCAAGGCUUCUUGGAUCGGACAAAGGAGAAGGGUCUUGUGAUCAAAUUGUGGGCACCACAAGUCAAAGUGCUGAGUCACGAGUCAGUGGGUGGGUUCGUGACUCAUUGUGGGUGGAACUCGGUAUUAGAAGCCGUGUGCACUGGGGUGCCUAUGGUGGCAUGGCCUCUCUAUUCUGAGCAGCGAAUGAACAAAGCAUUUUUGGUGGAAGAGAUGAAAUUGGCAAUGCCGAUGGACGUAUCGGAAGAUGGGUUGGUGAGUGCUGCAGAGGUUGAGAAAAGGGUGACAACGUUGAUGAAAUCGGAAGAAGGGAGAGUGCUUAGAGAACGGAGUCAGAUGAUGAAGGAAAAGGCCAUGGCUGCAUGGACCAAAUGUGGCUCUUUUAUGACUGCUUUCAACAAGUUGGCUGAGUCAUGGAUCAAUCAGCAGUAAAUGUUCACUGGAGCAGAUAAGGGAUGCUAUUACUUUUGAUGUGAGGAAGAAAAUUCCUCAUAAGUUUGCUGUUUGCCUGGAUACAGGUAAAAAUUGGUUCUUGGCAUCUUCAGGGACCUUCCUCUCUUCUCUCCUCCACCUUAGAUUAGGCAUCUUCUUGGAACCUUCUUCUUUUCUAUUCUCCCCCACCCCCAUUUUCUUGUG